UGCCCUUUCCGAAUAUGUGCGCGUGGCCUUUUCUACAUCCAUUCCCGCCCCAAACCUCCAUUGUUGUUGAGUAAAGGAUCUACCUCUGACUUGUGUUACCAAAUUCAAACACUUCGUAUAUUCAGUCACUUUCCCUUUUCUUCUCAAUUCGAGACAGAAGAUGGGUCAGGCAUUUCGUCGAGCAGUUGGCAAACAGCGAACCACCAAUGUAGACCCUUCGUCUUCUCGAAUUCAAAACUCAUUUGAUCGAACACCUCCGGCGGUUCCCGAUAUCAAGCCUCAAAUUCACAACAACGAUUCUUCUCCUGGAGAUCGCAAUGCUCCAGUGAUGGAAGAGAGAGAUUCAAGGUAUGAAGCUAUGCUUAGUCAAAUGGUGGGAAGAAUUCAUACUAAGCCUGGUGGCAAGCUUGAAAUGGGAGAGAGAUUGGACUUGAUGAACCAUUUGGAAUUUUGGGUGACAAUUGAAGAGAUAGGGAACCUAACUACUUCAGAUUAUGUACUCUGUGGAUGUAGGCUUUUGUUGUUCAGAAAGCAAGCAGGCCCUUGCCGAAAAUCCGAAACACCACAACUGAUACCGGACGUUACGAGGAUAGACCCGUCACUGCAGGAACGUUGAACGUAGCUCAACUUCGUCACAUGAUGCAUCUGUAUCAAGGAAACACUGACGAGCAUGAUCGGCCACUAGAAUUGAAAGAGUUCGCCGAGAGGUUUCGUGUGGAUGUUGCACAGCUAGAAAGGAUUUUCCAGCAUGUAUCCCUGCCUCCUGAGGAUGAUGAUAGUAACAAAAAGAGACUUAAUGUUGAAGACUGAAUCUCCUUCUAAAAUAGUUUUUAAUACAAUCUGUUUAAAAACGGUGUACUUGCAUAGCAUGAAGUAGGAUAAUGAUGAUAAUUCUACAAGUAAUUGUUUGCUUUUUGGUGAGACAUUUGUAAGUUUUAACUCAAAAUCGCUCUUUGAUGUUGCACUUUAAUAAAUAAGACCAAGAGCAUGUAAAGAAUUGCCAAUUUUGAUUGUAUAUAGUUCAGAUCAAGGGUGGAGCCA